ACACCUACCUCCUCACCAGUCAAAUCCAUCAAGUAUGCUAGGGCUUCUGUGUUUGAUUAUUGAAUAGCUGAAUUGUUGAAUGGCUCUAGGGUGCAUUAGGUAAUACUGUAUAUUUGUAACUAAUUGACCUUAUGUUUUCAUAUUUUCAUUCAUUUCUCUACUGAGACUCUAGCAGGGUUGAAUUACUCAUGCAAUAUUAUAGAGAUGUCUUUGUAUUCCAUUUGUGAAUUUGAGAGCAGUUACAUUUCCCCAGACCCAGUCCUCAGCGUUAUACUGGACCAAGCAAUUCAGUCUGCGAUAAGAAAGGUUUCCAUUGGGUUGAAACACCAACUCAGGAUUUUUUACAUUUUUUAUGUAUUGUCAAGCCGGUCCAGCAAUUCAUUCCGUGGUAAGAAAGCAUUGCAGGGGCUGGCUUUCCCUGAAAUGGGUUUUAGAAAAUCAGGUGGAAACAAGCACUGUCAUUAUCUGGGCACAGGGGAACUAACAGAAUAUUCUAGACACCCUGCAUGUGCAGAAAAAUCGACUUGGCAAAGCCAGAGCCACUUUCAAUUGGUGCAUUAGUAUAUUACCUUAAGAUAGCCACGUGAGACAGCAACAUAUUACAAUCGUAUUAAGUAUAUUUUCCAUCAACAAAGUAUUUAUAAAAAAAUUACAUCUACAUUUAGAUUUAGUUAAUUUAGCAGACACUCUUAUCACACCAUAGUUCUACCAGACUUCUGAUACCAUUGCAGGGUGAAAGGGUGAAUGGGUUCACAAGAUGUGAACCAUGAUAAAAAAGAUAGCAUAGAAAAGUAUUUUGAAUUUUGAAAAUACAAAUUACAGUAGUGUAGUUCAGCCCAGCAUAAUUCAAGUGAACUAAGUAAUUCAAAAACGUAUUUCAAAUAUGUAACAUAAACACUGGCAUAAAUAUCUGCCUACUACCCAACACUGUUACAUUUCCUUAUCAAAGAAACCACACCCCCUGUAGAUACAGAGUACACAGUCAAGUAGGAAGCCACCCCCUGUAGAUACAGAGUACACAGUCAAGUAGGAAGCCACCCCCUGUAGAUACAGAGUACACAGUCAAGUAGGAAGCCACUCCCUCUCCUCUGGUGUAGAGCUCAAUGAAACAGAAAGUCAUCUUUGACACUGCCAUUGCUUAACCUAUGAGAGAGAGCACCAAAAUGGCUGAAAAUCUAGAACUGAAGGAUCCGGUUACUUUUCCCUUCAGACACAGCUGUAUGCAACGUCAUCUUCUUAGUUUGACUUCCAUCCAAACCACAUCCCUGUAGACACAGAGUUUCACAGCCCAGUAGGAAGCCACUCCCACAAUGAAACAGAAAAUAAUAUUUGACAAGCUGUUGCUCAUCUUUCGGGUGAAAGCACUAAAAUGGCUGACAAUCAGGAACUGUUCUGUUGCUCCGUCUGUCUGGAUCUACUGAAGGAUCCGGUGACUACUGCCUGUGGACACAGUUACUGUAUGGGCUGUAUUAAAGAAAGCUGGGAUCAGGAUGAUCUGAAAGGUGUCUACAGAUGUCCCCAGUGCAGACAGACCUUCACUCCAAGGCCUACUCUGAAGAGAAACACCGUGCUGGCUGAAGUGUUGGAGAAUUUGAAAAUGGCAGAUUUCCAAGGUACCACUCCUGCACACUGUUUUGCUGAACCUGAAGAUGUGGAGUGUGAUGUCUGCACUAGGAAAAAACUCAAAGCUGUCAAGUCCUGUCUGGUGUGUCUGGCCUCUUACUGUGAGACUCAUCUCCAGCCUCACUACUAUGUGUCCCCACUAAAGAAGCAUAAGCUUGUCAAUGCAGUGACAGAUCUACAGGAGAAGAUUUGCCCAAACCAUGACAAACUGCUGGAGGUUUACUGUCGUACCGAUCAGCAGUGUAUCUGUCUGCUGUGUUUGAUGGAUGAACAUAAAGGCCAUGAUACAGUGGAAGCUGCAGCAGAGAGGACUGAGAAACAGCAACAGUUGGGAGAAACACAGAAGGAAGGGAAGCAGAGAGCCCAGAGGAAAGAGAAGGAGGUGCAGGAGCUGAGACAGGCUGUAGAUGCCAUUAAGGAGUCUUCAUGGGUAGCCGUGGAUGACUUUGAGAGAAUGUGUACCAUGCACAUCCUUUCAUAUAUCCGCUCCAUUGAGAGAAGGCGUUCUGAGGUGAAGGAGCAGAUCAGAGCCCAGGAGAAGGCUGGAGUGAGUCAGGCUGAAGGACUCCUGGAGCAACUGGUGCAGGAGGUUGCUGAGUUCAAGAGGAGAGAUUCUGAGCUGGAGCAGCUCUCACACACAGAGGAUCACAUCCAUUUCCUCCAGAGUAUCGAUUCUCUCUGUGACCCUCCUGGACCAAAGGCAUUUCCUAGCAGUUUGGAAGCAGUGAAGAAAUUUGUCUCUGAACAGAAAGAGAGAAUGGAAAAUACAUGCAAGGAGGAAACCGACAAGAUGUUGAAUUGUCUCGAAAAAAAUAUGUUGACAAAACCAUCUUCACCACCUGUGCAAGAGUACAGUACGAGAAUUGGAUUUCUGAAAGACUAUCGCACCAUAGAAGUGGAUCCCAACACCGCAUGUGCAACUCUCUCUCUGUCAAACAGAAACAAGGAGAUAGCAUGGAGUGACAAGGCCCGGGCCUAUUCAGACCAUCUAGACAGGUUUACUUACUAUCACCAGGCUCUGUGCAAAGUGGGUCUGUCUGACACCUGCUACUGGGAGGUAGAGUGGAGCGGGGGCAUCGUUGAUGUGGCAGUCUCAUACAGAGGGAUCAGCAGGAAGGGUUGGGGCAAUGACUGUUGUUUUGGACACAAUGAUCAGUCCUGGAGUUUGGUCUGCUCUCCCUCCAGUUGUUCAUUCUGGCACAAUAAUAACAACAAAACCAACAUUCCUGUCCCCCGCGCCUCCAGAGUAGGAGUGUACCUGGAACACAAGGCAGGUACUCUGUCCUUCUACAGCAUCUCUAACACAAUGGUCCUCCUCCACAGAGUCCAGACUAUAUUCACUGAGCCCCUAUAUCCUGGGUUUGGAGUUGAUUUAGGAUCAUCUCUAAAGAUAUGCCACCUGCCAGUAUGACAAUGCUCUAACAACACUCAAACCCCUCCUAACAUGUUAUGGUCCUGGUACACUAACCCUAGGCUUGCUCUGCUGGCGUUUUACUCACUUUUUUGGGGUUAAAUAUGCUGUGCCAGAUCCUUUUAUAAAAAGCAUUGCACUGUUUAAAAAGGAGUGCCAAUAUUUUGGUUAAGGGCUUGUAAGCAUUUCAUGGCGCAUGUAACAACUACAAUUGUAUUUUUUAUUUCGAUUUUUGAUUCCAGAUAUUGACCAAUCAAUUUCAGCUUGUCUAUAUUAGUAGAUGGUCAUGCACUCAUGGCUUCAUAUGUGUUUUUGAUUCAUGUCAGAUUAAUCCAAUUAAAGUAAGAAUGGUAUGACCUUGA